AGAGUCCCGCCGGGUUCUAGCUCCGCCCCCUGGCCGCUCGCGGGUUCGAGCUCCGCCCCCUAUCAUCAGCCGCAGUCUGUCUCUGUCCCUUUCCAAGCCGCAGCCCUCCGCGGCCGGGCCUUACCACCCCUCUGUGCGCGCAGCGUCAGGUGUGGGGUCCUCGCCCCUCCAGACCCCCCCCAUUCUGACUUGCGCUACUCGGUCCACCUCUCCUUGCACAUUCGCGCCUUUCUUCGCCCACUUUCAUUCGGCUCAAGCAGUCCCCCUGUUCUCCACUCCGUGGUGUCUGGCAGCGUCCCCCUCCCUGCCAGGCCAAUCCCCAGAUUCUCCCUACGGGCUCUUAUCCCCCGCCCCGUCUUCUCGGUUCUCUCUCCAGCCACGGAUGCGCUCCCAGUAAAUGACACGGGCUUGGAACUUGCGGCCUUUGGCGCCCCCUGCACGCGCGGCUCGCAGCCCUGGCAGGUCUCCCUCUUCAAGGGCCUCAAAUUCCACUGCGCAGGCGUCCUAGUGGACGAGAGCUGGGUGCUCACUGCAGCGCACUGCUGGAACGACAAGUCCCUGUGGGCUCGAGUUGGGGACGACCACCUGCUUCUUCUCCAGGGGGAGCAGCUCCGCCUGGCUGAGGGGAGGCUGGGGCCUGAUUCCUGGAGGACAUCUGGGGCCUGGGCUAGGCAGUCUUGCAUCUACCCCUGGGUAGCUAGGCUGGCCCUAGGAAUCACCUGGCGUGUUCUCCCAUCAGUGAAGUACAACAAGGGCCUGAGCUGCUCCAGGGUCACUCUCCUGACCCCUAAAGCAUGCGAAGUCUUCUACCCUGGAGUGAUCACCAACAACAUGAUUUGUGCUGGACUGGACCAGGGCCAGGACCCUUGCCAGAGCGACUCGGGCGGCCCCUUGGUGUGUGACCAGACCCUACAGGGCAUCCUCUCCUGGGGCGUUUACCCCUGCGGCUCUGCCCAGCACCCGGCUGUUUACACCCAGAUCUGCAAAUAUGUCCCCUGGAUCAAGAAAACCAUACGCUCCAAAUGACCCAGCCCCCAAGACCCCUUCACCACCUGUCCUCCUCCUCGGCCCUUCCUCCCCUGCCUGCCAGACCCUCGUACCCUGCCUGCCCAUCUGUUCUCUUCCCUCAUUCCCCUGACACUCCUGUUCUCUGCUCACUCUGGAGCCAAAGAAGAGAAAGUUGUGGCAAAGGUUUGUUCAGGAAAAGUGAGGAACCUGAAAGUCACCUAAUCUCUGAGCGAAGCUAUCAGAGUCAGCCGACCUGGCUUCCUCUACCAUUCACUGCUGGGUGACCUGGGGCAAGCCAUGUACCCUCUCUGAGCCUUGGUUUCCUCACCUGAAAAACAGGGACAAUGAAGUGCCUACCUCUUAAAUGCACCAUCAGGCACAGGUGACGGAAGGAACGUGUGUAAAUCUUUCUGGUAAUUGUCAUGUAAACCUGAUCAAUGAGUGUGAACGCUGACUAAACGUUACCUGUUGUCAUGACCACAUCGUGGUAACAGUGUCUCUGUCCAAGGCAGAAGAGUCCAGCAUAGCCCUCACUCCAAACCCCAGCCCCACCCUGGGCUGAUGGGAGGACCAUUCCCUGCUCUCCGUCUGGGCUUCAGGGAGCACUGCACCUGCUUCCUCCUUCCCACCCACUACUUCCCACUUCUGGGUCCACCCAACACCAGCUCCUCUGUCCCAGCAGCGGUGAGGCUGCCCUUGACUCAUAUGCUUGCUCUCUGCCUUCAUGGGACCACGGAAGGGAGCUCACCCUGCAUCCUUCCGGGCCCCCAGGACCAGAGGGCCAAGCCUCGCUUCCUACCUCCGUGCCUGAAGGCUCUGAGGUUCAGGGAGAAUCUUUGGUUUGUUAUUCACUGGCUUUGAGAUGUUUGUCCUGGAAGCUUGGAAGGAAGGAUUGUUUCCCUCUCCCUGAAAUUGUCUCUGUAAAUAUUUCUGCCCUGGGGGAGGGGGGUUUACACACAGAAUCCAGGCAAAAUAAAACAAGCAGAUCUCCGAGGGUCUCA